UGUUUCUUCCCAUUUCUUUAGGCGGUGUUUGGCUAAAAACCUCAUUCUGAGCUGUACAAAGCCGUAAUUUACCAAUUCAGAAAAUCACUUCCUCUCUCUGGUUGUUAUACUGCUGGAUCUUUCUCAUUGACCGUCAUCGUCAGCUUAAAAAAAAGCUGCUUAACUGCUUCUUUAUCUCCUGCAAAAUCAGGCACUUCUUCUCAUUUCACUUUUUUUCACUCUGUCAUCAACUUUUAUCAACUUUUAGGGUUUCAUUUCAAUUUCGAGUUCCAGAGUAUUACUUCUGCACAUUCAUCAUCUUCUAAGUUCUUAGAAGCGGAGAUGACAAGUCGAGUAAAGGAAGAUGAGAAAAAUGAACGAAUUAUUCGAGGUCUCCUCAAACUUACACAGAAUCGAAGAUGCAUUAAUUGCAAUAGCUUGGGACCGCAAUAUGUAUGCACAAAUUUCUGGACGUUUGUUUGCACAAGCUGUAGUGGAAUACACCGAGAAUUUACUCAUAGAGUAAAAUCAGUUUCCAUGGCUAAAUUUACUGCACAAGAAGUUAGUGCACUUCAAGAAGGAGGAAAUCAGCAUGCAAAAGAAAUAUUCUUUAAAGAAUGGGAUCCGCAAACUCAUUCUUUACCUGAUAGCAACAAUGUUGACAGGCUUCGGGACUUUAUCAAGCAUGUUUAUGUAGAUAAGAGAUUCACUGGCGAGAAGUCCUAUGAUAAACCUCCAAGAGCACAGGGCGACAAAGAUGAUUCCUAUGAAAACAGGAGAAUGGAGACAUAUCAGGGAGGACGUAAAAGCCCUCCCUAUGAGGACACAUAUGAACGUCGUUACAGUGACAGGUCUAGUCCAGGUGGAAGAAGUCCUGGCUAUGAUAAAAGAAGCCCUGGUCGCCCUCCAAUAAUCAACGACUGGCGUCGUGAAGAUAGAUUUGGGGAUGGAAAGAAAUUUGAAGAUCGUAAAAUAUCCGAUGGAGGUAAUAAGAUGGAAAGUCAAUCUCCUGAGCGAGCCAACGACCCGGGGUCUUCAAGCCCACUACCUGUUGUCAGACCUGUUAGAGAAAUUUUGGGAGAAAAUGUAGUACCUCUACGAAUUAGUGAACCUCCCAAAGCAAACAGCGGACAGGCUGCUAAUGGCUCAGGAAUCACACAGAGAACGGCGUCUUCCGGUAGUUUGGCAUCCAGUAAUGGAACCCAAACAGAAGUUAAGCUUGAGACUAUCAGGAGCCUUAUUGAUUUUGAUGAUAUUCCUGAACCACCUAUUGCUCCAGCAAUUCCUCAAGCCACACCAGUUACCGUGGCUCAACUUGCGAAUCCAACAAGUUCUGGUGAUAGCAAUUGGGCCUCCUUUGAUGUUGCACCUGUGGUAAAAGCAUAUCAGGGUCUUUCAAAUGUAAAUCCGCUUGAAUCUAUGCUGUCCCAGUUGUCUGUUCCAUCAUCCUUACCUGCUCAUGUUUCUGGAGCCCAAGGGCCUUUGGCAGGAUCAGCUCCAGCUGCGGGCAACUUCACAACUUUCCCAGCCAGUGUUGCUUCAUCAACACCUUCUGGAUUGACAACGGCAUCACCUUUCAAUAAUGCAGGCCCGUGGCAUAGUUUGCAGUAUCAGCAACCGCAACCUUUGUUCACAUCUACUGUUGGCCAGCCUACUAUUCAACAAUCUACCCCACCAGUAAAUGGAGCUUUCAAUUAUCAGGGGCAUCCAAGCACCUUAGUGCCACAUGCGGCAAAUGUUGUCAAUGAGGAAAAAUAUAGUGUUGCUUCACAAACUUCUGCUGUAGACAUAAAACCAAGUGGAAGAAAUGAACUUCCCGAGGAUCUGUUCACUGUAAAAUAUUCAUCCUUCCCUGCUCCAAUACCAGGCUGGCAAAUGGGUGCACCACCUGGCACAGGUGUCUCAGUUCAAUAUAAUAAUAUGGUGUCCAUACCGAGCUUCCCACAACCAUCAAAAUCUACAAAUCCAUUUGAUGUGGUCAAUCAACCAACUCCCGUUCAAGCCCCAACAUUUCCUUCUAUGUCAUCUUUGCAAGGUGCUCUGCCCAGUGUAACACCUUCAGCUACAGUGCACCCUUCAAACAUGGCUAAUCAAUCUCUUGCCUGGAAUCCUCCAUCCUCAUUAUCAUAUGCACCAAUGCCGCCUCCACAAGCACAUACAUUUGCCUCGGCAUUGAGACCGAGGGCAUACAUGGAACAACAAAUGGCCACUAACGUGACAAUGCCAAGCCAUCAAGGAAUUGGGACUUUUGGUACUGAGGGAGCUGCUUUUGGAUUCUCUAAUAUAGAUCAGCAACUGAAUGGUAGGUUGCCAGCCUCUGCUGCCUUAAACCCCUUCCCUGCAGGGGGUAAUCCCUUUGGAUGAGCUUAAGUUUUUCUGCUCAGAUUCACUUUUCAAGCCAAUGCACCCUGCACAAAUAUAGUUGAUGUUGCUUGUACAGAGGCAAAACACUCGAGCAUAGAGAGAGAUUUAUAGUCUGUCGUCUGCGUUUCAAAUUCAAAUAUUUGUACCUGGAUUGUAAAUUAUUUGUUGCUAUAGGAAAUAUAAAAAUAUCUUCCUGCCAAAGGAAGAGGGUCUUACAUGACUGAGAUGAUGAACUGAUGAAUUCGAGAAAGGAGCUUAGUGACCCCUUUUGCCGGAGACAAGUUAUUUUAGGUGCAGCCUUGUGUUGUAGAUUUGGCUGCUUAAUGGUGUGUUAUUUGCUGAUCCUGGUAACUGGUUGUAUUGCUAUUCCGAUUUCUUGGUUGUAUUAUUACUUUUCGAUUUUGCUAUGUUUGUAUUGUCAUGUAAUAAAUCUUGUGAUUUUGGUAAAGGUCUUUUCUGUUUGUGA